AUGCCCCAUUUCAGGAAAAUAACGGGGUCUGUCCGUCAGUCAGCCCAAAACUCUGAGGAUGAACUAUUUAAGUAUACGUCCGGAAGAUGGAUCUAUAAUGAGCAUCUACGGUUGAAGGAACGUUACCUCGAGUUCAGUGUACCUGCUCUCAAGAAGGCCAUUGCUGCCGCGUACGGACAUUCCACUUCCGAUAUCAUUUCGUUUUUUAAAUUUUCAGAAGGCGGGUUCAACCGAUUAUUCCAAGCGACGUUCAAUGACGGGAAGCAAAUUAUCGCUAGAAUUCCAUAUCCUUCCACAGGACCUGAACACUACGCAGUUGCUAGCGAGGUGGCCACUAUGGACUAUCUCCGACUGCAUGGGAUCACUACACCGGAGGUGUAUUGUUGGUGCUCAACACGGGCGAAUCCUGUUGGUGCUGAGUACAUAAUUAUGGAGAAAUUGGACGGCACUCCUCUGGGCGAUGUAUGGUUUAUGCUGACGCCAAAAGAACAGCACAGAAUCAUGAAACAGAUUGUUAAGUGGGAGACGCGAUUGAUGUCGUUGAAGUUCCCUGCGUCCGGUAGUAUAUACUAUCGAAAGGAUGUUCUUUCAGGAGAAGUGGUCCCUCUGCCAGAUAACAGUCAUAAGUUCUGGUUGUCAUCACACGAUGUCUUUCACGCGGUUGGGGAACGGGAGCUGAAAUGGGCCCAAACUUACGCGAAACCCCGUCUUCCUUAUGAACGCCUUUACAGAGAGAUCCAUAAUUUUUGUCAAGUUUCGCCAGAUAGCCACAUAAAAAAUCUGUCUGAUAAUCUGACUUUGGCGCGAUGCCUUGGCUUCAAAUCAGGAAGCUCACUAAAUCGGCCAGUCAUUCGCCAUCCUGAUUUACAGCCGAACAAUAUACUCGUGUCAAAGACAAAUAAAAUUAUUGGAUUGAUUGACUGGCAACACUCUGCUAUUCUUCCCCAUGGUAUUGUGGCUGGGAUACCAAAACAUUUCCAGAACUAUGGUGAUUCUGAGUCAGAGAAGCUCCUUGAGCCUCAGAUUAAUCUUCCACCGAACUAUGACUCGCUUGACUUACCUGAGCAAAUUCAAGUGCGAGAGACCAUUCGGAGACGGCUGGUUCAUUUUCUCUACGCUGAUUUUACCAAGCACUUGAAUGAAGAACAUUACGAUGCUAUAUUUAACCAGUCGGUCAUAUUGCUCCAACGCCUUUUUCACAGUGCUGGUACUCCCUGGGAAGGAGACUCAACCACUUUGCGGGCUGACAUGAUUCGGGCCAUACAGAACUGGCCGAAUUUUAUCACAGAAGACUCUUUGGAGCAUGACAAAAGGAUAUGCACUAAGCCUCCUCUCGAGUAUCCAGACACAGUUAUUCAUGACACUAUCCAUGUGGAUACGCAACAGAGAGCAGCUGAUACUGUGAUGGAACAAACGCGUAAUGUUCUUGGUGUGGACAUAUUGGGUUGGGUGCCUAAUGAUGAAUAUGAAGCUGCGAAAGAAAUGGCUCGUGAGAUAAAGAUCAAAAUGCUUGAAGCAGCUGAAACAUGUGGCGAUAUCACAGGGAUUCAAAACCAUUUUCCGUUCGAAGACUUCGAUGAAAAGUCCUGA